AUGAGUGUCGCCGGCGUCCACCGUUUUAGUCUUCCUCUCCCGCCGAAGUGUUCUCUCCGUACUUUUAGCGUCCUCGCCAAUGGCAAGCGCACUCAAUCUCUGCUACCACAUCACUUCUCCGUAUUCAACCAAAGUCACCGACUUGUUACCUCCUUGAGUCACAAUGUUUCCAACAAAUCUGAUGCAGAGGCAGAGCGUUCCUGUGAUGAAGGAGAAAUGUUGGAUAAGAAUAGGAUAAGCAAGAAAAACCCGUUUGUUUCGGAAGAGCUUCUCAAGAAGUUGAAGAGAUAUGGACUCUCUGGAAUAUUAUCCUAUGGGUUACUUAAUACAGUCUAUUACUCCACAGCUUUCCUCUUGGUCUGGUUUUAUGUGGCUCCAGCACCGGGAAAAAUGGGUUAUCUUGCUGCGGCUGAGAGAUUUCUUAAAGUGAUGGCCAUGGUCUGGGCUGGAAGCCAAGUUACUAAGCUCAUCAGAAUCGGAGGAGAACAUGUUAAGUUCUUAGGUGACAAGCAUAGUAGAUGGAUGCAGGACAGUCGCACUUGCACUUGCAUUUGUAGUUUUGAUUGUUAUUGCCGACCUUAUCUUGUUGUGAUGUUGUUACCCAUGAAGAAUGUUGAUGGAUGCAGGGCAGUCGCACUUGCACCUAUUGUUGAUAGAGGAUUGUCGUGGUUUACAGUAAAAUGCAACUUUGAAAGUCAGGGAAAAGCUUUUGGCGCACUGGUUGGGAUAUGUCUUGGUAUGGCUUUGAUGCUAUUUAUCGUUGUGACACUGCUUUGGGCAUAGCAGAAGAUUUAUCGUUGUAAUAAUAAUAGCUACAGCAUAGAUCUGGCUCCAUCACCAAGUUUACUUGUUUUUAUCGCCGUGGGAAGUCAUAUGAUUACUAUAACAAAGGAUUACUACAGCAGCCUACAACACAACCAAUAAAAAAAAAACCACACUUUCUCCCUUGC